AUGCAAGGAGGGGCCCUGCGCGGCGGCACCGUUGCCAACGCCGUUCUCGCACGGUUUUCUACCAUCAAGCCCAUCUCAUUCACAGCCAUUCCUCUAUUCCCUACCAACUACUUUCUUCUUACUUUCUUCUACUUUCUUCUAUUUCUACUUCUUUACUCAUUUUCCGGCAAAAUGAAGUUUUCCACCACCACCGUCUUCAUCUCCCUGCUUGCGGGCGCGCUGGCCGGGCCCCUCCUUGCGACCGGUGGCGCGGACAAGCGCGACGUGACCGUGGCCGCCCGCUCCGGCGCGGCCGUGGCCGACGCCUACACCAUCAAGGCCCGGGUGGCCGACGGCGACGACGACGAUGACGAAUCUGCUCUGGAUAAGCGGGUGCCCAAGAAGAAGGCCGCCGCUGCCAAGGCUGCUGCUGACAAGGCUGCUGCUGACAAGGCCGCUGCUGGCAACGACGCCGCUGCUGCUGACAAGGCCGCUGCUGGUGGUGCCAACGGUGCUGCCAAGGAUGUUGCUUCUAUCCCCCCUCUGAACUAG